AUGGCCAUGGUCGUUCCCGAGCCCGGGGGCAAGAUGCCUGAAGACAGCCCCAACACUGGCACCACGGCCAUGUUGGUCGCAGCAUCUGUCAUCGGCGGCGUUGCCGUCAUCCUGUGCACCCUCGCCGUCUAUCUCUACAUCGUCAAGCGCAAACAGCUCAAAAGGGACCUGGAAGCCUUACAACGCCUAACCGAAAUCGAGACAGCACCCCUUCCUCGACAACGAAAGCGAGGCAACUCCGGCCUGUCGGACGAAGAGGAGUCGUGCAGGACCCAUAUGAUUCGCAAGUCUCUCGCACGGCGGAACUCCAACUCGACGGGGAGUGGGUUCUCAGCCGUGGUGGGAAUGAUCGACCGGGAGGUGGCCGAGAUCGAGCGGCACGAAUCGGCCAGGCUGAAGGACGACUGGAAAGAAUGGGAAGCAAGAGCUCCGAAGUCCAGUACCACCUCAAAGACCUCCACGCUCGCCAUCUCCGAUCCCAUCACCCCUCAACUCGCCGCCCCCGAGCCCGCCCUCUCCGUCCUCGAUUUAUCCAAGUCUGGCACCCUCCACUCCGCCUCCUCCAAGUCCACCACCGCGCCAUCCAGCCCGGAGCUCUCCGCGAUGAAGAGGGCCGAGAGCCAAGGAAUCGAACAGAACGCCAAGUGCCAAGCGCCAAAUGAAAUUGCGCCGAACAAGAACGCCAAUCGCAGCACCGCCGCGUUGCUGCUCAUGAAGAGCAGGCCAAGGGCAUCACCAAGAGGCCGGGCGGAGAGCUCGCUCGACGAUACACUGCUCCGUGGCGCGGAAAACCUAGCCUCAGAACGUACAUAG